CCUGCACCUGCUCACCCUGAUCCUUCAGAGCUCCAAGAAAGUCCUGCACCUGCUUGUCCAAGAAAUUCUCUACAAAUUCAGACAUCAUCUCAUUCUAAUCAAACAGAGCACCAAGUAAUUGAACUGCCCUCUCAUCCUGGUGCAACAGAGCUUGAAACAAGGUUGCAAUUUUGCCAUGAUACUGCAGAACCUCCCUGUGGUAUAGCAUUGCUUCAACAAAGCCCUACACAGGCUUAUUGUGGUCCAACAGAACUUCAAAAAGGAACUACACAACCCCAACCUGGUCCGGUUCAACUGCAACAAAGCCCUGCCCGUAUGACUUCUACCCAGGCCCAGGAUAGUCCUCGACAGCACAGUUGCCCCUCCACUAGCCCUACCCUGAAUUCUACAGAGGAGCAGCCUCCAGCCACAGUGUCUCAGCAGAGUCCAACAUGGGGUAGUCCCCUUCCUUGUGAACUUAUGCACAGCCCUCCACCAAACAGUCAGUACCAGGAAGGGCAUAGUCCUCCACAGCACAGCCCUCCACUUCAGAUUUCCACACAGACACAGCGCCAUAGACCAUUUAGUCCUACAAACAUCAUCAUCAACCUGCCUCAGCACAGCCCCCCUCAAAGAUGGCAUAGUUCUAUGUCACAUAGUCCUGCACAAGUUGGAGCCUCAACUCCACAUAGUCCCAUACAGGAUGCUGAAUCUACACUGGACCAGGAGAGCCCUGGAUUAUGCAACCCUACUCAUCUGCAAAGUGGGACUGCACGGGACAUUUCUACACUGAACCAGGACCCUUCACCAGUCUACUGUAGGUUGACCCAGACAGGUAUACGACAUACAUUAUCGAGGUCCAUUUCAGCUCCUUGUAGCCCAUCACUGUCCCCACUUAGACCCACACAGUGUAGUCUGUCGCAGCCUGCUAGCCCAGUAAAAGCCCACUCUGUACUGCCUCUUAGUCCUUUUCAGCUUACCCUGCUUCCCUCUCUGCGUACUGUACAGUCGAAAAUCACUGACGAAUCCACUGAAACCAAUACAACAGGAUUUAAGUCUUUGGAGCAUAGCCCUACCCAGCUGAGUUCAAACAUUAAUGGCCAAACACCGGAAGGAAGCUCCAACUACGAACUGUCCACUGUUCCCACUGAUGGCCAUUGCACAGAUGGCCAACUUCCAAACCAGCUUAGCCCUGUUCCAAGUAGCAUGUGUAGCCCUGACCAGUCCAGCCCCACCCAUGUCCCUGCACCAGAAAGCCUUGUUCACAUUAGCACUUCAGCAGAACACAGUAGCCUAACUUUUUCACCUUGUGCUGGUGAAACUGAGGAAAAUCCUCACCCAGCUAGCCACAUUCAUCAGAGGCCUUCUCAUGACAGACUCUCAGGCUGCAUGGAAGGUAAAGCUAGCCCCAUACAUAUCCAAGCUAGGUCAGCUAGUUCUUUCCAAGCUAGUGCUAGCCCUACACAAACGAGUGAAAUGCCUACUAGCCCUGCUAGCUCUAUUCAGGCUUGUGCUUGCUCCAUGCAAAUUGAGACGAACCCUGCCCACGUCAGCCCUUUAGUUUCCAAAAGUAACCCCUCAGCCAUAUUGGCUGCACCCGUCCACCCCCCGGCUUGUCAGGAUGAAGAGAUUGAAGUAUCUGUCAACCACCCAACUCUACUUAUUCAGUCAGAAGCUGGUUCUCUUGACUCCACUCCCGGCAGUCAAGCUCUUACAAAUGCUACUAAUACUGACCCAGUCCACACAGACACAAACAGUAGCUACAGUCCUAUGGGCACCAUAGAUGCUCAAGAGAGAGAUAGUGUUUGUAGUUUUUCGGAGCUCACACAGAAUCAAAUGAGCCAAAGACCCACACAUCCUUUUCAGUCAAGUCCCUUACAUGUCCAAUCUACCUGCAGUUCUUCACAGACUACUCCUGCUAGCUUUAGUCCUCCACACUGUAUGGUGACUGGUACUAGCUCAGCUACUGACCAAAGUCUGAGCAACAUUACCUCAGACUGCAGUGGCCAGACAGGUCCUCACCUAGCUAGCAUAAUAGAUGUUGGCAUCAUCCACAGUCCACCUAGGUCUAGACCUGCUGGUCAAGCUAGUCCUAUUCACACACAGAGCACCUCUGAUUGUGUCAACUCAGGUCCUCUCAAAAGACAGAGUCCCUCAUUAACUAACUUCUCAUACAGCAGCCCUGCACAUACUUCUGUUGCUUGUGUUAGCCCACCUUACAGGCGAGCUCAGGCCAGUGAAACCUAUCAUAGCCCUGCAGGUAGCCCAAAUCAUAGCCCAUCUCUCGACACUGGAACCAAUUCUGGCCUUACGGCUCAUCUGAGGCCCUCUAUUGUUGGCUCGAAUCCUGAUAUGGACACCUUGGCCAGUUCUAUAGUACAGAGCUCUGUUCUUCCGAGUGCAUUUCACCGUGAUCCUGUUUCCGAGUCCUCAGGCAGAAUCAUGCAGAUGAGUCCAGAACCUUCCAGUUCCCUACUUGAUGAUUUACCUGCUGCUAGCUUCAACCAGGCUAGUCUGAGCCAGGUUAACCAGUUCCCAGUUAGUCCUCACCCAGACCCUGACAGGUCAGCUCCUGAAAACCAACGAAAAACUGCCUUGGUAAGGCCCUUGUAUCAAGGAGCGCCCCCUUCUGUUGAUGUUACUUCAAUUCAGGCUAGUGCCAGCCAUGUCUAUUCUAGCCCCACUCAGGAUACCACUGCAAUGCCUAACACUAGUCACACUAGUGAAACACCUGCUAGUCCCCCAUCCCCUGCCCCCUCACAGUUCAGUCCUGCGCAGACAUAUUCCUCUCCUGCGCCACUCACUCAAGACAGCGCUGUGCACAGUAGCCUAGUUAAAAGUCCUGUUUGUGGUCCCCUGGAUUUAGGUUAUACACCGACCUCCCCAAGUCCUGGUCCUGUCAGUCCUGUACAGCCAGUAAUUAGUCCCAGUCCUGUUCCCGAUGCCACUAUGAGGUGUGAGGCUUGCCCUGGUCCCACUCCGGUUAGCCCUACUCUUGCUAGUCCGUUGCAGUGUGAAAAAAGCCUUUGUCUUGGUCCUGUUAGCCCUGUUCAGUCUGACACUGGUCCUGGAAAACAGGAAGUUAGGUUUGGUUCCAGCCCGCAGCAAGACACAGAAACAGAGAGGAAUUCUGCAGCCACUGAGGACAUCAGCAUGGUUGAGAAGCAUAAGGUGGAGAAAAAGACUGAAGAGGAGGAGAAAGACAGUGAAGCUCCACAGCAGGAGGAGGUGGACGAAGUGCAGGAAGUGGUGGAGGAGGUGGCGUCUCAUCAGAUAACAAAGGAGAUACCAGAAGAGCCUGUUGAGGUGUCAGAGGAGGAAGAUGAUCAGGAGCAGUUUCCUCCUAACACGGCUGUCUCCUCCCCCUCACUCCCUCAGCCAGCUCCUUUCCACCCCCUUCCUCCACACUCUGUCUCACCCCAACUGCAGACAGCCCACCACUCUGCAUCCUCACCUUCUGCCUUCCCCCUCCUUGCACCACUAUCUCCUCCUAGAGCCGGACCUCUUGAUGACUCCCUUCCCAGCACUGCCUUACCCCCCUCCUGCUUCCCCUGCACUUCAUGUCCUCCCUCUCCUCCUCUGGAGGACCUCCCCCAGAAAGGGAAGCAAACCAGUCAAGGAGAAGACGAGACUGGAACAGCAGCAGAGGCGGGGCUUGAGAAUGAAAAGGUUUUCAGUCAAUCACAGAGCCAAGUCAAAAUUGUUGCCGAGGCAACAGAACCCACCAAAGAUAAGCACCAGUCACUUGCUGAGCCUUCAGUGAGAGAGGAGGAGCCUUCUGAAAUGCCCCAGCCUGAAUCAGUCCGGACAGCUGCUCCUGAGGUGGUUGCUGGGCAACAGCCAAUGAGGGAGAGGCAGGAUGAGGAGGAGAAAGAAGAGGGAGAUAUGGAUAGGAUGGAUGAAGAGGAGAGGGAGGGCGCCAAGCUAGUGGACCAAUCAGAUGUGGAGGAGGAGGAGCCAGUGAGCCCUGUGCUAGAGCUGGACUCCUCCUUUGACAAGGACGUGAUGGAGCUGAUGACCUCAUCAACUCCUCCCCCCUCCCUCCUACACCUCUCCUCCCCCAGCCCGCCUCCCUCCCCCCGACGGGGGACUCUCAGGUUUCCUCCCUCCUCCUCCAGACCUUUAGAUGACCUCUCCAUCCGUCUCAGACAGUCUCCCUUCUCAACUGAGGCCUCCCCCGAAACCUCUCCCAGGAGAGAUCUCAUCACCCCACCUCCUCUCUCCCCACCCUCACCUUCUCCCAGGUCCCCCCCCUCUGCCAGAGAGUCUCCACCUCUGUCCCAG